CUUAUUUUAUUCAGACGCCUAGUUUCUUCAUUAAAAAGUGCAUGUUUUGACUUUAAUGAGAUAUUUGAAGAUUUUACAAUUUCUUUUGGUUUUCAAUUAAAUUAAAUUCUGCUUCGGAUUACGUUGUUACAAUGUCACAGGUGUCGAAUAAGUCUGGAACUGGCUGGCCAAGGCGAAGUAGUCAGGGACACGUAGAUAGCAAUGUAAAUAAUGGCUUACAAAAGUACUCGACCGGUCAGUGCUUGGCUAUAAAUCGGACAAUCAAUUUAUAUCCCUUAACCAAUUACACAUUUGGAACAAAGGAGCCAUUGUUUGAGAAAGACCCAUCAGUACCAUCGAGAUUUCAACGUAUGCGAGAGGAAUUUGAUCGUAUUGGAAUGCGGCGCUCGGUGGAAGGCGUCUUGUUAGUCCAUGAACAUGGUUUACCACAUGUAUUACUUCUUCAAUUGGGUACAACAUUUUUUAAGCUUCCCGGAGGCGAGCUCAAUGCAGGGGAAGAUGAAGUAGAAGGUCUGAAAAGACUUCUAACUGAAACUUUGGGACGACAAGAUGGAGUAAAACAGGACUGGAUUGUAGAGGACACAAUUGGAAACUGGUGGCGUCCGAAUUUUGAACCUCCUCAGUAUCCAUACAUUCCGCCACAUAUCACGAAACCAAAAGAGCACAAGAGAUUGUUUUUGGUGCAGCUGCAUGAAAAGGCUUUAUUUGCUGUUCCUAAAAAUUACAAGCUCGUAGCAGCACCCUUAUUUGAACUCUAUGACAAUUCUCAAGGAUAUGGCCCAAUAAUAUCAUCACUUCCUCAAGCUCUAUGCAGAUUCAAUUUUAUUUAUAUGUAAAAGGACGCCGGGGGUUUCGUGACAUUUUAAUAGUUAAUCUAAAUAAAUCCAAAAUGAUCUUUAAACAUAUUUUAAUGUCUGUAGUUAUAGGAUUCUAUUUAGAUGAACUUAACCUAUAUUAAAUAAAGCGUGGUGUACAAAUAAAACAUAA